GUCCACCAUGGUUGGGACUUUCCCGCUUCUGUCAGUGCAGCCAACACGGGGGCUCGUGGAUGAGAAGAUCCAGGUAGUUGUGAGGAAUUUACCUCCAGCGCUCUCAGUGACGCUACAUUCCCUUCAUCGCUCUGAGGAUAAGGACCUUUGGGAGGCGUUCGGCCAUUACACCAGCGACGGCCAAGGCACGGUGACGGUUGCUAAGGAUGCCAGUCUUGGAGGAACAUAUGAAGGAGCAGAGCCCAUGGGUCUACUGUGGAGCAUGCAGCCUGUUCCAGGCAGUCGGACAGGCCUCAGGUUGAGAAAGAUGGAUGUCCUCACUCCUAUGGUGGUACACAUCUCUGUGUACAGUGGGCACAUGACUGAGGGCUUCAGCAAGCAGUCUCCCCUAGCGACCGUUGUCACAGAACGAUGGUACAUGGCACCGGGUGUGUGCAGAAUUGACAUCAGGGAACAUGGAGUCCGAGGGACCCUCUUUUUACCCCCAGGUCCUGGACCCUUCCCUGGGGUGUUGGAUAUGUGGGGAGGGGGUGGGGGGCUGGUGGAGUACCGCUCCUGCCUCCUGGCGUCACAGGGUUUUGUUUCCAUGGCGCUAGAGUACCUUUCCCAUGACAAGAACAGAACCUCAGACAUCGACUUUAAAACCUACUUUGAGAAAGCGUUCAGGAUUGUGCAGGAGCACCCCCUGGUGAUGAAGGACAGAGUUGCUCUGUUUGGGCUCUCCUUUGGGGUGUCAGUCGCCCUCAACUUGGCAGCCUACUCCAAAGUCAUCAGCCCCAGGUGCUGUGUGUGUAUCAGUGGGAGUCACGUCUACCCAGCCAAGUCCAUCCCCGAUAUGAUUAUGAAGAUUUCUGAGGAUGGGUAUAAGACCCGAUUUGAUGAAGAGGGCUGUGUCGUCUGGAAAGACAUCAUUCUGCCUAUCCCAACCGACCUUGGAGAGAAAGUGGAUAUGGGGAGGAUAAAGUGUCCAUUGAUGUUGGUCGUCGGGGAGGAUGAUCAGAACUGGGCCACAGUGGAGUCUGCCAAGGACAUAGCCCAGAUGAUGCGUCCGGGUAACGAGCACCUACUGACCAUUCUACAAUACCCUGAUGCUGGACACCUCAUUGAGCCGCCCUACACACCCCACUUCAGAGCCAGCAACUUCAUAGUGCCUCAAACACGACAGAAAGUGAUCAUGUUGUGGGGAGGGUACCCCAAGCCGCAUGCCGAUGCUCAGGAAGACUGUUGGGAAAAGAGCCUUAGCUUCCUACGGCAACACCUGUACCCCAGCCCUGACUCUGUCCCUAAGGCCAAGCUGUGAUGUCACACCCGAGGAGCAUCAAGGACCUAGUAUGAUUCACUAAGCUAUAACUUUAUAUAAUAUUUUAUGUUCAUGUAUUUAAUUUGUGACAUGACUGAAUGCUUGAAUGAGAAAGUCAUCAGACCAGUGGACACAGCUGUACAACAUAAAUUGAGGGCUGAUGAGGAGUGUCCACAGUAAUGGGUCGGAGUCUCUCAUUCACUGAACUGCAUGAGUUUCAACCUGCCAAUAGUGUUAACACCUGUGCCUGAAACCUAACUGCCAUAGUACACAGAUGAUUGAUUCUAUUUUUUGAUUCAUUAGGAAAUGUGUUGUCUAUGAUGUUUAUAAUAAAUCAGAGGAGUAUGAA